AUGCCCCCCAAAAAGCGCGCCGCGCCCGGCAAACAACCCCAACCGCCCGCCGCCCCCGCACCCCGCCGCUCGAAGCUCGCGAAAGAGAACGACAUCACCGCGGCGCAAGAAGCCGCCAUCCGCGACGCCUUCAGCAUCUUCGCGCGCUCGCACGACGCCUACCCGGACACAAGAGUCAUCCGCGCAGCCGACGCGCGCCGCGUGAUGAUCGCGCUGGGGUUCGAGCUGGGCAAGCAGGACGUCAAGGACAUGCUCGAGGUGCUGGAUCCGGAGAGCGAGGGGUUCGUCGCGUGGGAACACUUCGUGGGGUACGCGGCUGUGUGGUACCAUGCGCUGGGGAAUGACGAUGAGAGAGCGGCUGAGGAGGGGGCUGGCAGUAGGGAAGAGAUUGAGAAGGCGUUCAGGCUGUUCACGGGGGGUGCGAUGAGGCCAAUUCGCUUGGCGGAUCUGAAGAGAGUGGCGAGAGAGUUGAGGGAGGAUGUGGACGAGGAUGUGCUCUGGGAUAUGGUGGUGGAGGCGAACGGGGAGAGAAAAUCGAAGGAGGGUGUUGGUAAGGGGGUGGAUAUGGAGGAUUUUGAGCAGGUGAUGAGAAGGGCGGGAGUUUUUGGGUGA